GUACGACAGCAAGGAUGCCAACCCCCAACUCCUCCACUUCUUCAGCCAAAGGCUUCCGCAGGGCGGUGUCAGAGCUGGACUCCAAGCAAGCCGAGGCUAUCAUGUCUCCACGGUUCAUCGGUAGACGGCAGAGCCUCAUCGAAGACGCCAGGAAGGAGAGAGAAGCUGCUGCAGCAGCAGCAGCUGCCACUGAUGCUGCAGAGUCCACAGAAACAAUUGUUUUUGAGGAGAAGGAUGGGAAGGCCAUGUUGAACCUUUUCUUCAUGCUUAAGGGAGCGAAGACUUCAUCCCUAUCCCAUGCACUUAAAGUGUUUGAGACAUUCGAAGCUAAAAUUCACCACCUGGAGACAAGGCCCAGCAGGAAACCUCGGGCAGGAACCACUGAGCUGGAAUAUUUUGUACGGUGUGAAGUCCAUAGCUCUGAUGUCAGCACUCUCAUGAGCUCCAUCAGAAGGGUGUCAGAAGAUGUGAGGAGCACUAAGGAAGACAAGUUUUACUGGUUUCCAAGAAAAAUCUCUGAACUGGACAAGUGUCACCACUUGGUCACCAAGUUUGACCCAGACUUGGAUUUGGAUCAUCCGGGAUUCUCUGACCAAGCAUACCGGCAGCGAAGGAAAAUGAUAGCAGAAAUUGCCUUCCACUAUAAGCACGGGGAGCCAAUCCCUAGAGUGGAGUACAGGGCAGAUGAGAUAGCUACAUGGAGGGAGGUUUACACCACACUGAAGAGUCUGUACCCGACUCAUGCCUGCAAAGAGCACCUGGAGGCCUUUCACCUGCUAGAGAGAUUCUGCGGCUACAGCGAGAACAACAUUCCUCAACUGGAGGAUGUCUCCUGCUUCCUGAAAGAGAGAACUGGGUUCCAGCUCAGACCUGUGGCUGGCCUGCUGUCUGCACGUGACUUCCUAUCCAGCUUGGCCUUCAGGGUAUUCCAGUGCACGCAGUACAUCCGCCAUGCAUCCUCACCCAUGCACUCCCCAGAGCCGGACUGUUGUCACGAACUUCUGGGGCACGUACCAAUGCUGGCCGACAGGACGUUCGCACAGUUCUCCCAGGAUAUUGGACUGGCAUCGUUGGGAGCUACUGAGGAAGAGAUUGAGAAACUUGCAACGCUUUAUUGGUUUACAGUGGAGUUUGGGCUCUGCAAACAGAAUGGAAUAAUCAAAGCUUAUGGAGCUGGGCUCCUAUCCUCCUAUGGGGAGCUAAUACACUCCUUGUCGGACGAGCCGGAGGUCCGGAACUUUGACCCAGAUGCUGCCGCUGUUCAGCCCUACCAGGAUCAGAACUACCAGCCAGUGUAUUUUGUAUCUGAAAGCUUCAAUGAUGCCAAAGACAAACUCAGAAGCUAUGCUGCACGCAUCAAGCGACCCUUCUCGGUGAAAUACGAUCCGUACACCCACAGCAUUGAGCUUCUGGACAACUCGCAGAAGAUCCACCACUCUCUGGAGAAUGUGAGGGAUGAGCUUCACUCCUUAAUUGAUGCGCUGAAUGUUAUCAGUUAAUAUGAAAACCAUGUUCCUUCUCUCCCCUCUGCCACUGGGUGCUUCCUCCUUCCACCAUCACAGAGAUGACCCCUGCUCUGGUACUUUGCCACUGUGCUUUCAGCCAGGUCCUGGGCAAUAGCUUCAACCCAUUCUCUCUUAGGGUUUGUACUGCUGCCCACCACCAUUGUAUCUCCACAGUCAUUUAAAGAUGGAUGUUUGUAUUUUGAGAUGAUCCAGUUUGAAUGGAAGAUGGAUGGGUUAAGGGCCUGAUCCAAAGCCUACUGAAGUCACUGGGAGUCUUCUUAUUGCCUACCAUGGGCUUUGGGUCAGUCCCCAAUAUAGUGUCACACUACAGUCAUUAUAUGUGAGCUGUGGGUCAUAGACUCAAGUGCAAUUAAUGGAAUUAAGAACACAAGAAGUCAGGAGUCCAUUACAAAUACUGGACACAAGGGAUUUUUCAUUUAAGAUCCCACAGGAAAUAUUUCAUUUAAUUAAAAAAAAAAUCCCAAUAGCAGCUUCAUGAAGAAGCAACCACCCUGUAUUCAGACUAACACAGCUGCUACUUUGAACCCUGUAUUCAAUCCCCUUUGAGGGCAAAAAGGCUUUUAAGUGAAUCCUACCAGCUCUAGGUCCUAGUUUGAGCUGAACUCCUAACCCAAAUUAAACUUCUGAAACUGGGCUGGGCUCUCUGGGCUGGAGUAAACUCCAAAAGCUAAAACAAGCCCCUGAGCUAAACUUCCAGGCUGGAACAAACAUUUGAGCCACACCAAACUUCCAAGUUGGAAUGAGCUUUUGAGUGCUGUCAGACUCCCGGGUAGAAGUGAACUCCCGAGCUAUAUUAACCACAACCAU